AUGGCUGGAUCGGCAUCGUCAUCAUCGGCUACUACCACCAAUAUAAUGCUCGCGAUCUUCGAGAAGAGGACCAAUUCCGUCGACCUCUACCGCCCGCUCCGGAACUUUAUCGCCUUCAAUUACUCGGACCGCGAGGCCCAGAACCUCGAGGACGACCUCCAAACUCUUAACCAACUUCGCUCCGAUAUCGAGCGCCUAUCCGACCCUACACCUACCGCCCGUCGAGAUCUCCUUCAGAAUUACUUCAAGGCCCUCUGCCUCGUCGAGACUCGCUUCCCCAUCUCCCCCGACAAGGACCACAUAAACACUGUCACCUUCAUCUGGCAGGACGCUUUUAAGCAGAAGCAGAAGGCCUCGCAGCAGAACAUUCAUUUGGAGAAGGCCGCCGUGCUCUUCAAUCUCGGCGCGGUGUACAGCCGGAUUGGGCUCUCCUACGAUCGGGCCACGGUAGAUGGAAGAAGGCAGGCGUCACACGCGUUCAUGGGGGCGGCUGGGGCGUUCGCGUUUCUGAGAGAUAAUGCGUCUACAAAAGCGUCUAUCGGGAGCUCCUCCACCGUGGACAUAUCCAUCGAGUGUGCCGGCAUGCUCGAGCGCCUGAUGCUGGCUCAGGCGCAGGAAUGCGUGUUCGAGAAUACCAUCGCCAAAGGGAGCACCCCGGGAGUCUGCGCCAAGAUCUCCAGGCAGGUGGGGGUUUACUAUGAGGAGGCUUUGGCAGCCCUGAACGUUCCACCUUUGAACCAGCAUUUUGACAAGGGCUGGCUAUCUCACGUGCAACUGAAGACAGCUCUGUUUUAUUCAGAAGCAUGCUAUAGGUACAGUUUAGAGCUUCACGAGAAAGAAGAGAUUGCGGAAGAAAUCUCACGGUUGAGGAGUGGGGUUAGUGCUUUAACCGAGGUAAAGAAAUCCUCAAAGGGUGCUGCAGCACAACUUCUGGAUGCAAUUCACAAGUUGGAGGCUAAUCUAAAUCGAAACCUAGAGAGGGCCAUCAAGGAGAAUGAUAGGGUUUACCUCAUGAGGGUUCCUUCCCCAAGUUCUUUACCACCUCUUCCUGCAUUCUCCUUGGUUAAGUCAAUGGCAAUGAAUGACGUAUUGGAUGCAAGCAAGGAGAAGAUGUUUGCAAGUCUUGUUCCGGACAGUAGUGCUAAGGCUCUUUCCAGGUACACUGAAAUGGUGGAUGACAUUAUCCGAACACAAGCUGAAAAAUUACAACAAGCCAGUGAGUUGACCCGGGUAAGGCUCAAGGAGAUGGAUCAACCGGAAUCUAUAUUUGCCUUAGAAGGCAAUUUUACUCUCCCUACAGAUCUUAAAGAAGAUGUGGAGGCAGUCCAGAUAAGUGGGGGCCCAGCUGGUUUGGAAGCAGAGUUGGAGCAGCUUAGGGAUCUGAGGAGGGUAAACCAGGAAGUGCUGGUCCAGAUAGAGGAACUCCUGCAGAAAGAGGAAGGAGAAGAUGCUCAAUUUAGAAGCCAAUUUGGAACGCGUUGGACUAGACCUCAGUCCAGCACUCUAACAAAGAACUUACUGGAUAGGUUGAAUAGAUUUGCGGCCAACUUGAAGCAAGCAGCUGAAAGUGAUGGCCGUAUCGAGCGAUCAGUCAGGGAACAUUCAGCAUUGAUGUCAAUCCUUGAUUGCCGUCCUAUUGAAUCGGCCCUCCCAUCUUUAGCAAGACCCAUAAUGUCCCUAGAUUCCAAUGAAGAUGCUGUCGUCGGUGCCCUGAAGCAGAGCUUGAGGCAAUUGGAAACUCUUGGUGCACAACGGGCUGGUCUUGAAGACAUGCUUAAAGAGAUGAAAAGGAAGGAUGAUAUACUACCUAAGCUGAUGACAUCAACUGGCUCCUACGAGGAUCUUUUCAGGAAGGAGAUAUCAAAGUAUGAUCACAUUUGUGAAGAAAUUGCCCAAAAUAUUGAGGCGCAAGAACAAUUAUUGCUGCAAAUCCAGGCUCAAAAUAAUGAGUUUUCAGCGAUCUUUAACCUUGAAGAUUAUAAAGCAUCGCGUGAAAAAUGUUACAAGCAGAUUCAAGCUGCCAUUGCAAAGUUUCGUGAGAUUAAGGAGAAUAUAAAUGAAGGAUUGAAGUUCUAUGUUACUUUUCAGGAUGCAAUCACAAAUGUAAAGCAGCAAUGCAGUGAUUUUAUCAUGACCAGAGGCAUCCAGUGCCGGGAAAUGAUUGAAGAUGUGCAAAGACAAAUGGCCGGCCUAAGUUUCCAAGAUGGCAAAAACACAGUUGCGAACAAUUACCCUUCAGUAGGAUAUCAAAAUCAGAGAUCCAAUUUACAUCAGCAGGCAGAUCCUCGUUUACAAACACCUUACUACCAUACCCGUGAGCAGCCAACAAUGGCAGGAUACGGUCACCCGCCUGCCCCUUACAGCUCCCCACAGCCGCCGCCGCCGCUUCAUCCAUACCAAGUUCCACCUGCUUCUGCUGCUCCAUAUCCACCUCCUCAGGCCCAACAGCAGCUACCUGCAAGCCACGAGUAUGGCCAACCUGCUUAUCCGGGGUGGCGAGGCCCAUACUACAAUGCUCACGCACAACAACCUGGAUCUCUUCCUCGGCCUCCUUAUAACAUUCCAGCUCCCUAUCCUCCUCCUCACCAAAGUGGCUACUAUAAUCAACAAUAGCGUAUCUGGGUAGCUUCUGACCCUUUUGACUAUAUAAUUUGUUUUUGCUUGUGUUGUAUUUAUUAUCUGUCAUGUUGUUCCGUCCUUCAUUAAAUGGAUAGGAUUAAAACUAAAUCUCAUUUAUGAUUGUGUAGAUUAUCAUCUUGAUGAUCCCUCUGUUGGUCUGCGUAAUGUGCUUUAUAUGUGAAUAAAUAGCAUACACGAUGAUUUUCCUAUGUAUAGCUUUUAAUGAAUGAUGAGAAAUAUAGAAUGGCGUUAAUUAUUGUA